AAGGAAGAGGCCGCUAAAGCCACCGCAGCCUAAGAAGAGGCUGAUGCGACUUCCACAGGUGGACAUGAAUCCAGCAAAGACGUGGCUGUGGAAGAAGAGAUGGUUGAUGAUGAAGAGGAGAUUGCUACCACAAGUGCAAAUGAUUCUGCAGAUGAGAACGAUGAUGAAUUGUCAAAAGAACCAGCUGAAGAAGGAACUGAAGAUGAGCUGGCUGUAGAAAAGCAGAUCACAACUGCAGAUGAAUCAAAGGAAGAGGAUGCUGAAGAUGACGUUGAAGCUGAAGAGACUGCUGUGUCAGCAACAACUGAAAAUGAAUCUGAUGACGAAGAAGCUGUGGAAGAAGACAUUCCAGCCACCACUGCUGACGAGUCUGCAGAUGAGAACGAUGAUACAGCCACAGAUGAAAAAAAAGAAAGUGACGAUGAGGUUGCUGUAGAAAAGGAGACUGCUGUCACAACUGAAGAUGAAUCGAAUGAAGAUGCUGCUGAAGCCACCACAGCUGAAGAUGAAAACAUGGCAGACACAACAGAACAUGAAUCUGAACAGGAAGAGGCUGCGGUAGCAUCGGCAGCUGAAGACGUGGAAGAGACGGCUGCCACCAGCGAUGAUGAUUCUGCAGAGAGUUUGGAUGGCACCACAAAUGAAGAUGAGGCCGCAGAGGAGAAUGAACCAGCUGUGGAAGCAGCAAGUGAAGAUGAGCUUGUUGUGGAAAAGGAGAUUGCCGGUACAAGUAUGGACGAACUUAAGGAAGAGGCUGCUGAAGCCACGGCUGCUGAAGAUGAAAAUGUGGCAGACACAACUGAACAUGAAUCUGAACAUGAAGAGGCUGUAGAGGAAGGGACAGCCGACGAUGACGAGGAGAUUCCUGCCAUGAGUGCGGAUGAGUCUGCAGAUGAGAACGACGACACAACCACAGCUGAUGAAUCAUCAAAAGAACCAGUUGAACAGGCAACAACUGAAGAAGAGAUGGCUGUUGAAAUAAAGGCUGAAUCAAAUGAAAAUGAAACUGCAGCAGAAGACACUGCUGUGGCAGCCACAACUGAAAAUGAAUCCGACAAAGAUGGAGAAGAGACUGCUGCCACCAGUGAUGAUGAUUCAGCAGAAGAUGCCACCACAAAUGAAGAUGAGACUGCAGAGGAGAGUCAUGUCACAGGUGAUGAACUGUCAAUGAAACCAGCUGAAGCAGCAACAGCCGAAGAGGAUGCGACAGAAAAAGAGGCAAGUGUCGCAAGUGAAGACGAAUCAAAGGAACAGACUGCUGACGAUGAAACCGAAGCAGAGGACGCUGCUGUGGAAGAAGAGUCAAAGGAAGAGCUUGCAGAAGCCACCAAAGUUGAAGAAAAUACUGCAGAAGAGUCUGAUGAGGCAGCCACAGCUGAGGGUGAAUCUGGAGAGGAUGAGGCUGCCGCGAACGAUGAAGAUGAAACUGCGGACAAUGAUAAUGCAACAACGGCUGAAGAUGAAAGUGCUGUUGAAAAAGAACAUGAAGCUAAAGAUGACAGUGUUGACGAACAGGCAGAUGUUGAAGCUACAUCUGAACAUGAAUCGGACGAAGAUGCAGCUGUGGAAGCCACCAGUGCAGAUGAGUCCGAGUCAGAUGAGAGGGAAAAAGCUGGCAAAGCAAUAAGUGAAGAUGAAGCUGCUGAAGAAAAAGAGAUUGCUGCCACAAGUGAAGAUGAAAAGGAGGAAGAAGCUGGUGAAGAGGAAAACACUGCAGAAGAUGUGGCAGCUACAAGUGAACAUGAAUCGGACAAAGAUGAGGCUGUGGCAGCCACCAGUGCAGAUGAGUCUGAGCCAGAUGAGAAGGAGACAACUGACAAAGCAACAAGUGAAGAUGAGGAAAAAGAGAUUGCUGCCACAAGUGAAGAUGAAAUGAAGGAAGAAGCUGGUGAAGAGGAACAUGAAUCUGACAAAGAGGAAGCUGUGGAGGAAACUGCUGCUAGCACUGAAGAUGAUUCUGCAGAAGACAUGGAUGCCACCACAAAUGAUGAAGCUACAGAGGAAAACGACAACACAACCAAAGCUGACGAACUGUCAAAAGAACCCUCGGAAGCAUCAACAACUGAUGAUGAGGUUGCUGUGGAAAAAGAGGCUGCCACCACAGAUGAGGAGGACGCCAAGGAGGAGACUGUCGAGGGAGCUACAGCCACAGAAAAAGAAAAUUCAGAUGAAGAGGAAAUCAGUAAAGCUGAUGAUGAAUCAAAGGAGGAGGUGGAGGAAACCACAAAUGAACAACUUGUGGAAAAGGAUGAUAAUGUGGAAUCUGAUCCUGAAUCAGCAGGUGAUGAAAGCUCCAAAGCUGCGACUGAAAAUGAAUCAGAGGAAGAGGACGAUGAAUCGGCCACAGAUGGGAAUGAAACAGUAACCAACGCGACAACAGAUGCAAAUGAGACUGCAGCAGAGGAGGAUUCUUCAGAAGUUGCAAAUGAUAAUGAAUCAGGAGAAGAGUGUGUAGAAACAAAGCCUGAGACUGAAAAUGAAAGUGCAGGAGAAGAUGAAAAUGCAGAUGAGGAUAAAGUGGAUGAAAAUAAGACUUCAAGUGAGGCAGAGGAUGUUGAGGUAGCAUCUGCCGAAGAGCUUCACGGCACAGAAUCAUCUGAGAAAAUUGCAGAAAGCAGGGCCGCCGAAGAUGUUGUAAAAGAGGAAGAAAAAGAUGGAGAUGAUAAUGGAUCUCACAAUGAAGAACAAGAAGAAGGUAUAACAACUGGUGAGGAAGAGGCUGAAAAUGAUGGAGACGAAUCUGCGGAAAAUGAAAGUACUAAGGAGCAUGGAGCAACAGGUGAAGACUGCACAGAAGCUGCAACAACAGGAAAUGAAUGUGAAGAACAUGAAACAAAUGACGAAUCUGAAAAGCCUGAAAGUGACGGUGGAGAGGAGUCUGGAACAGAAGGUGCAUCUACAGGAGAAGCCCAAACAGGAAAGGAAGAAUCCAUCGAUAACUCAGAAGAUGAAUCUGCAGAUAACAAACUGUCAGCUGUAGAAGAAGAAAAUGACAUGACAGAUGAUCGAGAAGAUGCCAUCACCGAAACAAAUGAUGAAACAGAAGGGGCAGAUGACGUGGUGGAGCUGAAGCCAGAUAAGGAAGAUGAAGUGGAGGACAUCUCGGAAAACAAAGCAGUGGAAGAUGAAGGUAACGAUGAACAGCAAACAAGUGUAACACAAUGUGAACGCAUCAACAUCACAAAUGGAAGCCAUGAUAAUGACGAAGAUGUCGAAGCCUCCGAAAAAGAAGAAGAGGAGGAGGAAACUUCAAAGACAACCAAUGAAGACUGGGGAGAACACCACGGAGAUUCGGCCGAUGGAGAAGACGAAGCAGAGGAAGAUUCAGACGAAGCAGAUGACGGAGAGCAAGAUUUUACUCCGAGCAAGAUGGAGAAUCGAGAGAUGCCAAAAAAAGCAGCUGAGAAAACAACACCAAUCACACUUGAUGCUCUGAGCAAAGUGAAGGCAGAAUCUGAGGAUGGCACUUACGCGGAUGUUGAAGAUUCUGAGACUGACGUAAACACCCAGGAAGAAGUUUCAAGCCUCGAAUUAAAGACUUCGAAGACGAUUUCGUAAUAAGAUGACUGUGACUCUGCAAAGACUAAAAGGAGGAGAAGACAGCAGCUGCAAGUAAUGAGCAGUCUGAAGUCAUUCUUGUUUUAGUCAAACCCUCGGGUCUUCCAGAAGAGACCAAACAAGAACUUUAAAGCAAAAAAAAGCAGAAUGAUUGAUCUAGAUGAUUAGAUCUUAUUAUAUAUUCGCUAAAGAAACACAAGCACUUUGAAGCAGCAUCUCUGCUGCUGGGACUGAGCUCAUGCACAGCUACUGAUCAUGCACUUGCAUGUAAAAGGAAUCAUAAAACUUGAAUGUAUAUACAUACUUAUAAAUACAUACUGUAUGUAGGAGGUUUGCACAGUUUUAAUGCAAAACUAAAUGGGAUUUAUUUUCAUUAUAGUGUUUGUUACAUGCUAACUACUGGAACUCCGAGCCUCAGACAGACACUCGGCACCAGUGGCAAAAUAAGCUUUAUGGACUGUUACAUUUAUGAUUUAAAGAAUGUCAUACAUGCACAUGUACUGUAGUGUUUCUUCAAAUUACUGCAGUGUACUUACACUACUUUCCUUGCAGGAUUAAGCAAGUCUCUGACUGUAUUUAAACUUAUCCAAAGUAUUCUUUGAAGAGUUUUGGCUCCAAAGUUAAAAUUAAAGGUAUAUAUUUUUCUAGUUAAUAUUUCUGGACAGCCAGAAACUGUUGAUAAUAUUCAUUUUGAAUGUUUAAUGUACUAAUAUGCAGAUACAAUACUGUUGAUCUAAAGAACAAACUGGAUGAUGAUGAUUAACAUCAGCAUCUUCACAGUUCCAUCAGGUAACUGCUUUAUAGCUUUAAUUGACUUCUGUAGCAGCUGAACCAGAACAUGUCAGGGUUUUCUGUAUCACGACGAUAUGUUCUGUAUUUUAGCAAUUCAGCAGUGUUUAUCAGUAAGAAAAUACACUAUUCUCUGUGGCACAGAGGUUACUACCUUUGCUGAAUGUACUGUAUUUAUUGUCUCUGAAAUAAAAAGUACUUUGAA